AUGGCCCCUACUUUGCCUCAACAAAAGCAAAAGCGCAAAGAAGAAACUCGCAAGAGGAAAACGAGCAAUCAAAGCAAAGGAUCUAGCGUUGGAAGCUCUAUACGAGAAAGAGCUGAUUCGCAAACACCAAAGAAAAGGAAAAGGCAAGCCGUAAUUGAAAGUGACGACAAAGAUGAUAAAAAACUCAGGAGAACAAAAAGCAGCGACAGUGAUUCACAAUCAACAGAUAACAUUGAAAAAAUUAUUGCGAAGCGCGUCGACGAUGAUGGCAGUGUUUACUAUAUUGUCCGAUGGAAAAAUUAUCCACCAGAAGCCGAUUCGGAGGAGCCUGCAUCUAAUGUUGACGCUCCAGAAUUAAUUCGACAAUUUGAACAAGAGCAGCAAAAACUGCGGAAGCGAUCUUUUGAAAAAAACACAUCGUCUUCACAGCUACCAACAACAUCGCGUUCUGCGCGCCCAACAUCGACUUUGCGCAAUAAAGUUGUCGUUAAAAAUGUAGCUAAAACUCCUCAAAAAGGGUCAACUUCACUGCCUCGAGAAAAGUCUGCUUCUGCAAAUCCACCUUUACAAAAGAGUGCCCAAAAACACCCUUUUGAUACGGUGACAAAAUCGCCAUCAAAAUCGGAUGUUCCUAAUGUGCUCACUAGUCGAACACCUGUAGAAGAACUACCGAGCGUCCACGCGGAUAACUCCAGCAACGUGAGUAAUGUCCAGUCAAAGCCAUCAAAAAACAAAGCUCCAGUUCGGCUGACUACACCAAUGAUGUCGGUUAGAAAAGAAGCGAUAGCAAGGAGUAACAAUGGACUGUUUCUUCUUGGCAAAAAGAAAUUUGAGACGACGGCAGGGCUUCAUCCCAAAGAACGGAUGCUUCGACAAGAGCGCCGAGAAAGAGAAGUUCAGGCGAUAAGAGAGAAAAGAAUGUCCACAGAGAACGCGUUUGAUCCACAUCCAGAAGCGCCAACUCCUCAAAAAAUAUGCUCUACAUCAAUUGUGUUUGAGCAACCUACUGCUGCUUCAGCCAAACCUUUAAAAGCAAAGCUAGUCCCGCCUUCUCUACCGAAGAAGCGGGCAUCUACCAAUUCGUUGGAAUCGGACCGCUUCACAGAGUCGAUUCUACCAAUAGCUAAAAAGGAAUCUACCUCUACUACCGUUGCAUCCAUUCGACCAGGCUUGGGAAUCAGUUCCUCCGUAAAGUCAUCACUGUCAAAGGAAAAACAGUCGAAAACGAAUGAGCGAACGUCUACACCCUCGGAACCACAGGACUAUCGAAUGUUAAACGGAGAAGCGUCUACUGCCAUUUCCGUUUCUCUCACUCGACAAGAAGCCAAUUUAUCUGUUACCAAAACAAUUCGAAAGGAUGUGAAAGCUAGUGUAACCCAAUCUCUUCAAAGUGUCACCACAAGGGCCACAAAUGAUGGGGACAAUUCACAACUUAGCGAGUCGCAAAUUGAUAUUAUCAAACGCGAGAUGGAUGAGGUAAAUGCAACUCAUCGUGAAGAAGAGCACUGGAGGAGGGGAAAAGAACAGAAGCGACAAGAAAGUUUGGCUGAGCGAAUACAGGGAGCCGAAGAAAAAAAAAAGCUGGAAGCGCAAAAGAGUGCAAAGGCGUCAAAAAAAACGGAAAGGAUCUACGACCCUCGCGCUGUUUCACCAUCUAACAAUGACGAUGAAAUAUUUGAUCCACGAGCAGUCAAAAAUCACGAAGCGUCCACAAAUGUUUCAUUGCAAAGAAAGAAUCCACCUUCUCUACCAUCAUGUUUACUCGAUCGAGGCAUCAAGAUCGAGAAAAUCAUGAAACUCUUUUUCGUGAAAAAUGAGCUGGUGGGGCUGUGCAAAUACAAGAACUGUCUUGUAAUGCAAAUUGUUACCGUCGAAAAGAUUAAAGAAGUGGAUCCACAGGCUCUCCUCCGAGCAUACGAGCCAUUGUUCUGGGACACGCAGACCAACGAA